AUUCACUUCUAAAACCUAGAGUAGAGAGGAAGAAAGAAGAGAACGCUAGCACGUUCCCUGCGGCCGAUCCAAUCACGUGCGUGUGGAUACCGGUAGAGCUCGGGAUCGUUUUCUCGUACUGUCUGACAUCCUUGAUUAAGAUUGCUAUGUAGCAGGAUGAAUGCCAACGCCCUGUUCGCGAAGAGGAAGGGCAAGACCCAGCCAAAGGAGAAGGGGCCCUCGGGCCAGAAGUCAGUCGACGCGCUUUUUCCGAAGGUCAUAGAGCCUUCCGCCGGGGACGCCCAUGCUGCUGUGGGGACCGGGGGGUCGAAGGCCGAGGCGGCCGUUAAGAAGAAGAGGAGCGAUAAGGGGGUGGAGCCCCCUACCAAGAAGCAGAAAGCCGCCGUGGGCGCCGUCGAGGGGGCGGCCCCCCUCAUAGUUAUUGAUGACGCGCCCGGUGCUGAUGGGCCCCUAGCCUCGGUCACCCCGGAGGAAGCACCCCGGGAGAUCCGUCAGCUCUCUUUUUCCCCCGGCGCUUCAUUGAUGCACGGCACUGCCGAGCCGAGGGCCUUCCUGCGGGGUAUCACCUCGAAGAUGGACAGGGAAGUCUUCGAGACCUACGAUGAUGAUGCCCUCGAGAACAGGAUCCUCCGGUCCUCGCUCACUGCCUGCAUAGCCCUCGAGGAACAAGCCCGGAGGCGCGAGGAAAGGCGUCUUCACGAGGCUGCCCAGGAUAAGAAGAUGGAGGGGCUGAUCCGCAAGAACUCCGAGGCGGUGAAGCAUGCUGCCCA